AACCCUCACGCUGAGGCAGGCCGUCAUUGUAAGGAGAGCAUGCUGCCCCUCACCAUCCAGCUGAGCGAUCCAAGCUGAUGAAAGUCGCGAUAGGCUGGAGUCGCUCUAAGAUUGCGACUCUAUUCGAGUUUGCCGGAGCCCUUCUUCUAGGAAGAGUGUCGACGAAACCAUCGCAUCCGGUAUAGCGGACAUCAACUCCUUCAUCCCUGACCCGGAGGUUUAUGGUUAUGGCAUGGUCUGCGUCUUGGCAGUAGGUACAAUGUGGCUUCUCAUUCCUUCAUACUUGGGACUGAACGUGUCGUUCUAAGGGGGCGAGGCAUGUGUCCACUCCAUUUGCGAAGAAAUCUGUGGGUGGUUUAUCGACUGGGUGAGAGCAAGGAGAACUUAUGUACAUAUGAUUCUCUCCUUGGUAACAUCAUUAUGGCAUUCGUCUAUUUACUCGGUAUUUUAGCAGUUGCGCCAUGCUCUCGCGGUUUAAAGCUACUUCCCGACAGAGAAUGACCAAAGGUGAGAAAGUUCUUCACAAAAAGUGGAGCAAAGCUUCUUCGAGAGGCCGGGGAGGCUCGGAAAACUUUUCCUGCGAGUACAAGGGAGUGCGUCAGCGGACUUGGGGCAAAUGGGUAGCAGAGAUUCGGGAUCCAUGGAAAAGAAUAAGAGUGUGGUUGGGUUCUUUCAACACUAAGGAGGAAGCUGCAGCGGCUUAUGACCGGAAAGUUUUAGAAUUUUUCGGUCCUAAUGCUCACUUCAAUUUGCAGAGUUCUCCUGCAGCUCUUCAAUCCAAUCAGAACACCGUCUUUACGCCAUUGUUCUCCGUACCUUUGAAAACUUUAAUAUCAAAAACAGAUUCAUAUUCUCAACCUCAAGUUUCUGAAAUUUCUGAGCCGCUGAAAACUGAAGCAUUUUACACGAAUUCGAACUCGAAUAAAACUCUAGAUUCUUUUAUACCUUUAGAAGUCAAAGGCGUGAAUAAAAGCGAGGAACUUCCACCUCUAGAGGUGGAAGUUACUCCGCUAGACACUGACUUCAAAAAUUUGGACAAAGAACCAUAUUUUGAUUUCGCAUCGCUUUUGGAUCUGGAUGAGGUCUUAUCAUGUCGCACUAAUCUCUCGGAGACUGAGAGAAGCUGAGCCUCUUUGGUCGGGCUAAUUUAUCGAGCCAGCUGUCAAGGUCUGCUGAUG